AUGGCAGAAGGAGAAGAGACUCAACCACUUGUUGUUGAUAAUGGAACUGGAAUGCUCAAGGAAUGGGACAGAAGGAUGCUUAUGUUGGCGAUGAAGCUCAAUCCAAAAGAGCUAAUAGAGAAGAUGACUCGGAUGAUGUUUGAGACUUUUGAUGUCCCUGCUAUGUAUGUUGCUAUUCAAGCUGUGCUUUCGCUUUAUGUCAGUGGCCAUACAACUAUUGUGUUGGAUUCAGGUGAUGGAGUUAGUCACACGGUUCCUAUAUAUGAAGGCUAUGCACUUCCUCAUGCUAUUCUCAGGCUUGUUUUAGCUGGAAGUGAUCUUACUAAUGCUUUGAUGAAGAUCUUGACAGAGAGAAAGAGAGGGUACGUGUUCACCACAAGCGCUAAGAGAGAAAUUGUGAGGAAGUAUAGUGUAUGGAUUGGGGGUUCCAUCUUGACUUCUAGCACAUUCCAACAGAUGUGGAUAUCAAAAGCAGAAUACAAAGAAUCAAGGCCAGCCAUUGUUCACAGGAAAGCUUCUAGACAACCUCUUUAUGUAGCUUGCAGUUUGCAAUUUCUUUUUGAUAUAGAAAGUGGAUAA